AUGAAUAUUGAGAUUAAAACAGUGAGGGACCUGUACACGCUCUUCAGGUCAGCGAGGGACCUGUACACGCUCUCCAGGUCAGCGAGGGACCUGUACACGCUCUCCAGGUCAGCGAGGGACCUGUACACGCUCUCCAGGUCAGUGAGGGACCUGUACACGCUCUCCAGGUCAGCGAGGGACCUGUACACGCUCUUCAGGUCAGCGAGGGACCUGUACACACUCUUCAGGUCAGCGAAGGACCUGUACACACUCUUCAGGUCAGCGAGGGACCUGUACACGCUCUUCAGGUCAGCGAGGGACCUGUACACGCUCUUCAGGUCAGUGAGGGACCUGUACACGCUCUUCAGGUCAGUGAGGGACCUGUACACGCUCUUCAGGUCAGCGAGGGACCUGUACACACUCUCCAGGUCAGCGAGGGACCUGUACACGCUCUUCAGGUCAGUGAGGGACCUGUACACGCUCUUCAGGUCAGUGAGGGACCUGUACACGCUCUUCAGGUCAGCGAGGGACCUGUACACACUCUCCAGGUCAGCGAGGGACCUGUACACGCUCUUCAGGUCAGCGAGGGACCUGUACACGCUCUUCAGGGACAAUACCAGGGACAAUACCACGGACAAUAUCACGGACAAUACCACGGACAAUACCAGGGACAAUACCAGGGACAAUACCAGGGACAAUACCAGGGACAAUACCAAGGACAAUACUAGGGACAAUACCAGGGACAAUACCAGGGACAAUACCAGGGACAAUACCAGGGACAAUAUCACGGACAAUGCCAGUGACAAUACCACAGACAAUACCAGGGACAAUACCACGGACAAAACUAGGGACAAUACCACGGACAAUACCAAGGACAAUACUAGGGACAAUACCACGGAAAAUACCAGGGACAAUAUCACGGACAAUACCACGGACAAUACCAGGGACAAUACCAGGGACAAUAUCACGGACAAUACCACGGACAAUACCAGGGACAAUAUCACGGACAAUACCACGGACAAUACCAGGGACAAUAUCACGGACAAUACCAGGGACAAUACCAGGGACAAUACCAAGGACAAUACUAGGGACAAUACCACGGACAAUACCACGGACAAUACCAAGGACAAUACCAAGGACAAUACUAGGGACAAUACCACGGACAAUACCAGGGACAAUACCAGGGACAAUACCACGGACAAUACCAGGGACAAUACCAAGGACAAUACUAGGGACAAUACCACGGACAAUACCAGGGACAAUACCACGGACAAUACCAAGGACAAUACUAGGGACAAUACCACGGACAAUACCACGGACAAUACCAAGGACAAUACUAGGGACAAUACCACGGACAAUACCAGGGACAAUACCAGGGACAAUACCAAGGACAAUACUAGGGACAAUACCACGGACAAUACCACGGACAAUACCAAGGACAAUACCAAGGACAAUACUAGGGACAAUACCACGAACAAUACCAGGGACAAUACCACGGACAAUACCAGGGACAAUACCAAGGACAAUACUAGGGACAAUACCACGGACAAUACCAGGGACAAUACCACGGACAAUACCAAGGACAAUACUAGGGACAAUACCACGGACAAUACCAGGGACAAUACCACGGACAAUACCAGGGACAAUACCACGGACAAUACCAGGGACAAUACCAGGGACAAUACCAGGGACAAUACCACGGACAAUACCAGGGACAAUACCACGGACAAUACCAGGGACAAUAUCACGGACAAUACCACGGACAAUACCAGGGACAAUAUCACGGACAAUACCAGGGACAAUAUCACGGACAAUACCAGGGACAAUAUCACGGACAAUAGCAGGGACAAUACCAGGGACAAUAUCACGGACAAUACCAGGGACAAUAUCACGGACAAUACCAGGGACAAUAUCACGGACAAUACCACGGACAAUACCAGGGACAAUAUCACGGACAAUGCCAGUGACAAUACCACAGACAAUACCAGGGACAAUACCACGGACAAUACUAGGGACAAUACCAGGGACAAUACCACGGACAAUACCAAGGACAAUACUAGGGACAAUACCACGGACAAUACCAGGGACAAUAUCACGGACAAUACCACGGACAAUACCAGGGACAAUACCAGGGACAAUAUCACGGACAAUACCACGGACAAUACCAGGGACAAUAUCACGGACAAUACCACGGACAAUACCAGGGACAAUAUCACGGACAAUACCAGGGACAAUAUCACGGACAAUACCAGGGACAAUACCACGGACAAUACCAGGGACAAUAUCACGGACAAUACCAGGGACAAUAUCACGGACAAUACCAGGGACAAUAUCACGGACAAUACCACGGACAAUACCAGGGACAAUAUCACGGACAAUGCCAGGGACAAUACCACGAACAAUACCACGGACACUACCUCGGACGCGGGCCACAAAAGGGGUAACUCCAAACAGGUGGAAUAUGGGCGUUGGCUGACGUAA